AUGGAACCAAGUAAAUGGAGACUUGGAACAACUUUUUCAAGUUUUAGCUCUUCAAGUGAGCCAACAAGCCCAACAUCAUCAUCCGGUGACAAGUCAAGUAAUCUAUUAAAUGGUCGUCUUGUGGAAGGAAAUUUGCUAUAUAGACAUCAAGGUCAAUUAUCAAUUGGACAAAUAAAUAGAUUCAUAGUACAAUAUGAUACCAAGACUGUUCAUUCCAUGAUAGAGGAAGAUGAAGGUGGAAAAUAUUUAUGGAUAAGAGUACGAAAUGUUGAAUUUCAAUUUUUUAGACCAAUUUAUUUCACUGGUCCCUUUUCAUUUUAUAUUGAUGUUACACCAUAUAAUUUUGAUCAUAAGCAAAACUUUGAUGAACCUAUAGAAUUCAAUAAUGAUAUUAAACCAGGACAAUCAUUUAAAGCUAAACUAAGGAUAAAUGACAAUAGUUUUGUUGAAAAUGGGGUUUAUCAAUGGACAAUUGAUGUUGUUUCACAAUUAGCAAUGACUACAAAGUUUAUACUUCAUUAUGAUUUUAUGAUUGGUUAUGAUUAUAAAUUAUUGAGGAAAGUUGGACAAGAUACUAAACCCCCGGAGGAUUAUGACUCUGUGAUUUCUGUACAAGUACAAGAUACUAAAGAAUUAUGGACUAAACCACCAAGAUUACCAGAUGCUCCAGUACAUCUCGUGGUAAUAACGCAUGGUAUUUUUUCAAAUGUUGGUGCUGAUAUGUUAUACAUUAAGGAAAAAAUCGAAAAAGUCACUAAAGCUGCAGAUAAGUCAAACGUUAUAGUUAGAGGGUACGAUGGUAAUGUUGGUAAAUCUGAGAAAGGUAUAAGGUUCUUAGGUAAAAGAGUUGCAAAAUUUGUUUUAGAUCUUUGUGAUAAUUCAAAAUAUAGAAUUGAUAGAAUAUCAUUCGUGGGUCAUUCACUUGGUGGUCCUGUUCAAGCUUAUGCUAUUGCAUAUAUUGUAAUAUCAAGACCGGAUUUUUUCAAAAAUAUUCAACCAAUAAAUUUUGUCAAUCUUGCAGGUCCAUUUCUGGGUAUAUUAUCUGAGUUUCCGAUUGCAAUUUCAUUAGCUUUAGAUAUUGGUGCCUUAGGUAGAACAGGUCGUGAUUUGACAUUAAGCCAUAGAUUCCCAUCAUUGAUAAAAAAACGUAAUAAUAAAGAAACAGAUAAAGAAGAUAUUGAAAUUAAUAGGAAAUUAACCUCAAAACCAAUCUUAGAAGUGAUUUUAGAUAUGGCACAUGAAACUUUUGAAUCUUUCCAAAAUAGAACUGUUUAUGCAAAUGCAAUCAAUGAUGGUAUUGUACCUUUAAGAACUUCUGCAUUGUUAUAUCUUGAUUGGAAAGGUUUAGGUGAUAUUAAUAAAUUAAAGAAGAAAUUUGAAGAAGAAACUAUUGGACAAAUGGAAGAACAAAGAGGACAACAUGUUAAAAAAGGUUCAGUGGGUGAAAUUCCAGAAUAUGCCAAUGAUGAUAUGGAACUACAAAAAUCUAAACCCAAAUUAGAAAAAACAGAUACAGAUUUAUCUUAUGUUACAGCUAGUAAUAUUGAUCCAAAUGAAGAACAUGUUAAUGUUAGUGAUACAAAUCUAAGGAAACCCAAAUUCAUUGAGCCUGAAAAGACAACCAAAACGAGUUCAUCUUUGAAAAACCAGGUGGGUAAAACAAAUAAUCCUGAGCCAAGUAGACCAAGUACUAGCUCAUUAAUCAAAAGAUCUACCGUUUUAUUCACAAAUUCCCCAAAGAAACUUUCAAAGAGAAAGAAAAUAAAGAAAUAUGUUCGUAUUCAAACAAGAUCAAAGGAUAAACCAACUGGACAAAAAUCACCAAAUGAAACAAAGAAGAAAAAAAUAAACAAUGUUGCUAAUGAUAAUCCAAAAGAAGACGAUGAAGAAGCAGAAGAAGAAUGGAUUGAUGUUCAGAAAGGUGAUGAUGAAAUGGAUGAUUAUAAUAUCCCACCUGCUGCUUCAACCUUUUUAUCAGCUGCUAAUGUAAUGUUAUCACCUCCACCAAACCAAGAUUAUUUGAUGAAUCCAGACAAGAGAGCUCCGUCCAUUUUUCAUGACAAAAGGUACAAUUUUGAUGAUCUCCCACCACCACAUUAUACCAGUAAAAUAAAUCUAUUGAAAAAUCAUCGUACAUUCAAGAAUUUCAUAAAGAGAGAUAAGAAUGCAAUUGAGGAAAAAAUUGCAAGAAGCUGGCAUAAAGAUAUGGAAUGGAGGAAAAUAUUAGUUACUUUAAAACCAGAUGCUCAUAAUAAUAUUGCAGUCAGAAGAAAAUAUAGUAAUGCAUUUGGAUGGGAGGUAAUAGAUCAUUUGGUUGAAAAUCAUUUUGGUGAUGAAGCUGCUGAAAAAGAAAAAAUCUUUAUGAGAAAGAUCUUAGAAGCUAAAACUGACAGUUUUAAUACAAAAUUAAGUAAUGGACUACAAUGA